AUGCCUCAAACUCCUUCAACAAGGUGGUGCCCAACAUCAGAGCAACGGAUGGAACUUGAGAACAUGUAUAGAAGUGGGUUGCACAGCCCAGAUGUUUCUCAAAUACAACUGAUAACAACAUACUUGUCUUGUUAUGGCAAGAUAGAAGGAAAGAAUGUGUUCUAUUGGUUCCAAAACCACAGGGCCAGAGAGGGGCAGAAGCUCAGAAAAAGAGUUGCUAGGCAGCUAGUCCUUCAUAACCCUAACCUUAAUAACCAGUUAAUCCACACCUUUGAAGAACCUCGUCUUCAUCCUCAACAGCUGGGAGGAGCUCAAGAUGCAGACCAGGCAAUGAAUUUGCUGAGCAAGUUGGAGGCUGAAGAAGGGCAGGAUGGAAUAAUCGGCACGGCCAAUGGAAUUGGUAUCAGUUAUGGUUAUGAUGUUCAUCCAAGUUGCAGGCCUCUCAUAGCUCUGGAACUUUUCCCUUGCAAGAGUAGUGGUCUGACAGAUGAGUGCAUGUCAAACUCUAAAAAGGCAAAACUGGUUGAGCCAAUGAAGAAAAUCAAGCGAAGCCUGGAGUUCCUCACUUCUAGGGAUGCGGAGCUGGGUGUCCCUCCUGAGCAUGUUCCUUCCCCGGGAGGUUCCUAA